CACAAACGCGGGAAAAAUAUAAAAUUUCGGAUAAUAUUUGACGGAUGAAUAAGUUGUAAACAAAAACUGGCGAAUCAGUAGCUUUCUAAUUAUUUCGCAAAAAUUCUCAGGUCUCCCGUCUCCCACAACAAUGAGUCAAAUUUCAAGCAAAAGAGUUACAUUUUCUGAGAGAGGACAAACAGCAGGUCUCGGCAGAUCAAAGACAGCAAGAAGUAAAUCACCCUCGAAAAAAUCCACCACUCAAUUUGCUGGUGACUCAGUUGAAUCUUCACGAGGCAAAUCAACAACAUUUAGAUCAAGCAAGGAAGCCAGAAAAUUGCUAAUAAGAAACUGUGAUCGACCCUCUGCAAAACCCUUUGUUGAGAGACCAACAAUAAAACCACCAAAAGAAGAUGAGCACGCACAACCUCCUCGUGCCGUAGCUGUUUCUUUGGAGCAACUUCCACACACUAUUCCUGUAAUGCAAAGCAACUUGGAUACUGCUAGGAAGAUAAAAGAAUUAUCCGAAAUGUCACUUGAUACAGCUGCUACACAUAUAAAGGAGUUCCGAAUAUCAGAGGAAGAAGUACUUCAAAAGGUGGCUGCGGUUGCUCUUAAUGUGCCGUCGUCGGAACGUCAAUUCAGUAACCUGGUUAGUGUCGACUUUCCCGAAAGCCAAGUGAUUAGAAGACCAAGAUCAGGGUUUGUUAAGUCAAGGGAAAAGGUUGAUUCAUCACCUUGCUUAGAUCAUUAUUUGACAGAAAGACCAGCCAAUACUAAAGUAUGGCCAAAAUUUUCCCCAAUCUCCAUAUCUUUCCAACCAAUAGACCUUUAUGACGGACGAUCUGUUCUAAAAGCCAAGCAUUUACUGCAAGAAAAAAGCAAACUGUUACUAUCCUAGUUGAAUAAACUUACAAUAUCUUUUUAGCUAAAAUGACUAGAAUUU